CUGGAAUGGUUACAUGCGCUCUUGGUCUGGCUUUUGCAAAGAGGAGUAGCCUACAAUGAAGGUUUGGAAAGAAGAGGGGAUUGUGUCUGGCUAAAGGAUCGUUAUUCCGAUAUCUUGUCAGCUUGAAUUAGUUUCAUUUGUUUAGUCAGAUUCCAGACUGGUAGCUGAACGAGUCGCCUACGCGCCACAGUCACGUUCAGUGGUUGGUUUGUUGUAGCCUGUAGUACUGUAUCAUGCGUAAAUAAGAAGCGUGAGAGACACAAGUCUUUAAACAUGGACACGAUUGGAGUAUCUUUUUUGGACCCGUUAGAUGAUUAUGAAUUAAUUCAUCGUAUUGGGUGUGGCACGUACGGAGAUGUGUUCAAGGCUCGUAACAUCAGGACCAGUGAAAUGACUGCCAUCAAAAUCGUGAAGCUAGACCCUGGCGAUGACAUCACAUCGAUCCAGCAAGAGAUCACCAUGAUGAAGGAAUGCAAGCACAAGAACAUUGUGGCCUAUUUUGGCAGCUAUCACAGAAAUACCAAGUUGUGGAUAUGUAUGGAGUACUGUGGAGGUGGAUCCCUCCAAGACAUCUACCAUGUGACCGGCCCACUGAAGGAGAAACAGAUAGCCUACGUCUGCAGAGAAACCCUCCAGGGCUUGUAUCACCUCCACGAGACAAGUAAAAUGCAUAGAGACAUAAAGGGAGCUAACAUACUUCUCACUGAACGUGGAGACGUCAAACUGGCGGAUUUCGGAGUGGCAGCAGAGAUCAGUGCUUCAGUGGCCAAGAGGAAGUCUUUUAUCGGAACUCCCUACUGGAUGGCCCCAGAGGUGGCGGCGGUAGAGAAGAAGGGCGGGUACAACCAUUUGUGUGACAUCUGGGCCGUGGGCAUCACAGCCAUGGAGCUGGCCGAGCUGCAGCCGCCCAUGUUUGACCUUCACCCCAUGCGAGCCCUGAUGUUGAUGUCCAAAAGCAGCUUUCAGCCUCCCAGGCUCAAGGACAAAACAAAGUGGUCUGCGGGAUUCCAGAGCUUCGUGAAGAUGGCUCUUAUUAAGAACCCCCGCAAGAGGCCUUCAGCAGAGACUCUUCUACAGCAUCCGUUUGUGACCCAGCUGUUGACACGCAACCUGGCGAUAGAGCUGCUGGACAUGGCCAACAACCCCGACCUUCACUCCUCUCACAGCAUGGUGGACAGCGAGCUGGAGAUAGGGGACGCCGCCCCGGACAAGAUCCAGUCAGCUGGGAAACACUUGCCAGUGGAGAGGACCCUCUCUGAGGAGCAGUUUGACCAAGUGAAGUUUGGUCCUCCAUUAAGGAAGGUCACAGAGCCCUACCCAGAGAUGCAGAGUUCCUAUGACGACGAUUGGAGCCUCUCAGGAGACGAAGAUGAAUCCCCGAGCCUGUUGGAAUGUGUGGAGCAAGCUCUCCAGCUGAGGAGUUUAACCAUCAAAAGAGCGCCAUCUAUUGAUGGCGAUAAAGGAGGAAGAAAGAGUGGUCUGUUCAGCCCCACCACCGCCUCCCUGCCCGUGUUUGGUUCUUUCCCUCCCAACAUGGAGGACAAGGACCUGACCCUUCGACCUAGCGCCACCCUGGGAGCAGACUCCACCCUCACCCCCGACUCCUCCUCAGGCCUGGCCAGGUGUUCAGCCACUCAGGACAUCCGGCAGUGGUGCAGUGACCCCUGUGUCCCUGAGGGGGAGGGCUCACUGGCUGAGAAGAAGUCUGGGGGCGUUACCCCUCCCAAGAGGGACACACCCCUCUCACCUGAGUGGAGCACCCUGAGGAAGAAGAGGGAGGAGUCUAGAGCUGAUUGUCAUGGACUCCCUCCUACCCCUCAAGUCCAUAUGGGAGCCUGCUUCUCCAAAGUCUUUAACGGGUGCCCCCUUAAGAUCCACUGUGCUGUCGCCUGGAUACUGCCUAAGACAAGAGAUCAGUAUCUCAUUCUGGGGGCAGAGGAAGGAGUUUAUACUCUCAACCUCAAUGAGCUUCAUGAGGACACUCUAGAGAAGUUGCUCCCUCAAAGAUGCACCUGGCUUUAUGUCAUGAAUAACGUCUUGAUGUCUGUAUCAGGAAAGUCGUCCCAGCUGUACUCUCACAGUCUACCAGCUUUGUUUGAACAAAGAGGCCACCUGCAGAAGAGUCACCUGUCCCUGGGCACCAACCGCCUCACGGACAGGAUCAAUCCCAGAAAGUAUGCUGUAUUUGGGAAGAUACCAGACACCAAAGGCUGUCGAAGGUGUAGUGUGGCACGGAACCCAUACACAGACAGCACCUUUCUGUGUGGGGCUGUGCCAUCAGGAUUGGUCCUACUGUUGUGGUAUGAGCCCUUACAGAAGUUCAUGCAGCUCAAGCAUAUUGCAAUUAGCCUCCCAGAAUCCCUGCCUAUCUUUGAACUCCUGGUCUUAGUGACAGAUGAGUUUCCACAGCUGUGCGUAGGGGUAAGAGACUGUACCAUCGGCAAGGGGGAGUCGGUAACAAACCAGAAGCUGAAGUUUGAAAUUGUAGAGUUGAACGGCACACCUAACUCUCCUCCAGACCAUGGGCCUGUUGGAGCAGUGCAAGUUACGCAGCUAGACAGAGAUACAGUCCUCAUUGCAUUAGAAAAAACUGUGAAGAUUGUCAACCUACAAGGGCUUCCAUCGAAGGAGUUGGCUUCUGAAAUGUUCUUUGACUUCCCAAUUGAAACACUUGUGUGUUUACAGGAUAGUGUCCUCGCCUUCUGGAAACAUGGUCUCAAAGGGCGUAGUCUUCCUUCAAAUGAGGUCACGCAGGAGAUCACAGAUGAAACGCGCGUGUUUCGGGUCUUGGGGACAAACAGAGAUAUUGUCCUACAGAGUACCCCAACAGACGACCCCUUGGCCUCGAGCAACCUGUAUAUCCUGACUGGCCACGAAAGCAGUUACUGAAAACAAGAAGAUGGGAAAAGAGGAGUAAGAGAAAGACAAGAAGAUGGAGGAAAAGAAAAGUGAGUGGAUGAACAACAGAUGGAAGCAGCUUAUUCUGCUUAACCUACGUGACAGGAUCCAUUGUUUCAGGUUGUUUCCCUGCCAUCUCUGUGAAGUGAAGAAGAUGAAGGAGAGAGACAAAGGAUAGAAAGAACGUACUGUCAUGUGACUGUUAUGGCUUCACCACAACCUGAACUCACUAACCCCUCUACCUGCAAACAGGAAACAGACUCUGGAAUAUAGCACAGAGGGAAAUGUACUGUGCUGUGUCAGUAAAGACUUGUUGAGAAUCCCUAUGAAGACUUAUAACUCUUAAAGCGCACAUGCUACUUUAACUUAUACUGCAUCAACCUACAUUGUCUCCCCUGCUGGUAGUUGGCAGUUGAGAUCAACUUAGUGAUGAUACCUGGUCUAAACUUUUGACUGUUUCCAUAUAACAACACACUUGUUAUAUAACAUAUAACAAGAAGUGGACACUGUCUGUGAACUAACAUGUAGAUGCUUCUCAACCCAGUAAUGUGGGGAUGCCAUUGGUGGCUCUAGCUCUGCUGUUAUUAAAAUGUAUUGUCACAUGCUUAAUGUGCCAUAUUGUUGGAGUGCUAAUAUAUGCUAAUAUUGAGCUAUUUCUGAAAUUGAAAGAGCACAUCAUUUGAAUAGUAUAAUGAUUCCUAUAGUUUAUAAUACUGGUUUGCUUUUCUUUUGUUUUGGUCGAGUGAUUUAACAUGGGAGGGAUGGGCUAUCAUGUAACACUCAUCACCCCUGAAAGAUACUUGAAAGAAAUAUGCAAUAUGCGUAUUGGAUUUUUUAUUCAGGGUAAGCACAUGAUGUGGGAAUGUAUUGGAGAGUUUUAAGUAUGUACAUUGUCAUGUCACUUGCUAUAUAAUUGAAUAGAAAAAGGUGAAAAUAAACAUUUACAUUUUG